AUCAAUCCUUAUCAUUAUGAAAGAGUCGUCUCUCCAGCUUUGGAUAUAUCCUCUCUUAGCCUCAGUCCUCCAUUCGAUUAUGAUGAAGAAAUUAAUGAGAAUGGUGACGGUCCCGAGACUCCAGAUACUUCUAUAUCCGAUCAUGAGAAUACAGUGGAUAAGUGCACUGGGACUAGUUUUUCCUGUCUAUCAGAUGUCGAUAUUGGUGCCCCAUCUGGGCUCAAUCGUUUCAUUUCAAAUCCUGUCGCUGAAUCGUCAUGUUCUUCAUCGAUUUUUCCUCAGCGUUCUCCGGAUUCUACAGCACUUAAUCUCAUGCCCUCACCAGCCUCAAAGUCUAGCGAACCGGAGCUACCAGGAAAGAUGGUUGAAAAAUGUGAAUCAACGCCUAUUGCCUCUUGCACUAGGGUAAACCUCUUACCUCACGCAGACAAUGAUUCAAGUGCAAUGGACUGGUCAAGAGUUGCUUUUCGACUCGACAACGAGACUCAUUCUCGUGGAUCAGAUGUUUCAAAAUCAUCUAGUCCUUCCAUGAUGAUCGUUUCACCAGUCUCUAGUGUACCUGGUGUGGUUAAUUAUCAUUUACCACUUAGAAAACCUUCCAGCACAAAUUUUCAACAUCCUUCUUCGGAUAUGUGCCAGGAACACUUCAACGCUGGUGAAUCUCCAGGUUAUUUGGUUCAAUAUUCCUCUUCCCACACUGAUACCAUUUCAUCUCAUCUUUUUAAUGCGUCCAUUGGUUGCGCUGAUGGGAGUACCAGUGCUGCAACAGCAACUAGCAAUAAUACGACUGGCGGAAAUAACACGAGUAAUGGAGUUACAUCGUCAAAUCCUAAUUCUAUUCUUUCUUCAGCUGCUGGAGCGUAUGCCGGAGCCUCACUUUACGGCGGUGGACUAUCUGGCCCCGCUGGGGGGAGUAGCUGGGGCAAUGGCGGACCUCUUAUGUCCCUUGGCGCUCAUGUGCAAGUAAUUAUGAUUCAUAUCACGAAACUCGUUUUAAAAUAG